GCCUCAAAUUCAACAUGGCGUCGGACAGCUCUAUAACCUGAAACAUUGAUUUGUAAAUGCCAUUAACCUUUCAUUUACGGCACUAUCAUCAAUAUGGUUGAACCAAACGAAGCUUACGUUAACACUCUUCUCAAUAUGGGAUUUGUUGACAGCGCACAGAUUCGCAAAGCGCUCAGUUUGGCCAAGAAUGAUUUGAAUGAUGCUGUUGCGUUGUUAACAGGGGAGGAAACUCGUACAAGUUUUUAUUUCGAAGACCCGGAAGUUAAAGACACGGAAACACAACACGGCUUAGAUGACGGAGGAAUGGAUAUCCCUCCUCUUGUAGACUCCAGAGAUAACGACGAAAGCGAAUUUUUUGACGCCAGUGGCGAGCCUCCACCAUCUUACGAUGAGGCUAUGAAUCCUGCGGGAAUGUCUCUAAACGGAGCUAGUCACGGCAAAGACGAAACUGAAAAUAUGGACAUACCUCUGGAAUUUCCUACUACAAACCUUUGCGAGUUAGAGGACAGAGUUUUUAUAGAUAAUUGGUCUAUUCCUUACAAGAGAGAGGAGUCUUUGGGAAAGUGUUUACUAAGUUCUGCGAGAUUUGCUCAGGAAGGUGAGAGGAAGUGGGAUGGGCCAAAAAUGAAAUACCGUACACUGUCAGUUUAUUUUCAUUUUGUUUUCAAAAACUUUUUGUUUGGGUAAUCGCAAUAGCCUUAAAAUAUUCAUGCGGAGUAUCUUAUUUCAUCAGACUUGCAUUCAGAAUACUCAAAAAGUUAAUUUUGAUAAAUACAUUCUGGUGUUUGUUGGAGAGAGAAUUUUAAACUUGAUACAUUUUGAAACAAAUCAAUCAUUCAAGGUGAAAUAAAAACAUCAAGUUGAUUUGGCACAAGCCAUGCAUGUAAGUGUGGUGGCAACUGCAGAUUUUGAAAAGAUUUUAUUGAAAUGAUUCUUAUCGGAAUGAUACUUAAGGCUGUAAUCACAUCAACUGUAAAUCAAAGUGAUAAUUUGCUUAUGUUUUGGUGACGACAAGUUACUUUGGGGAUAGGUAAAAUUAUGUUGAUUGAUUGAGCUAAAAUUUGCACAUCAUCUAGAUGCCUUACUGAGACAGAGAUUUGAGUUUUGGGUGAAUAAGGAUAAGACCUUUUUUUAUUUACUAAGACUUGAAUUACCGUCUUUUCGAGGAAGCUGGACUUACAGUCAGUAAUUAUCAUUGCUUGUGAUUUUGGUAACUCUGUAAAAUACUGAAAUAGUACAUGUAUCGGUACCAGGCAAUUGCAAUUAAAGAACUGAGUUGUGAAGAAGUUCAAGUCAUGUAGACACACCACAUGAUUUUGCCCAUAGACUUUAAAGUUAGAACUACAUUAUGCAGAAUUUUCAUUAAGAAUUCUAGUCACAGGAGAAAGUCGUAACGUUUACAGGAGAAUUUUCUGAGAGAGGCUCCAUGUCGGAAUAAAAAAUAGUCAUAGGCUACCGAAUGUUAGCCUGAGGAAUAUGCAUAGUAAGCGGAGAAUUCUCCGACCUCCAAUGCCCAAUGAACACCCUGAUUAUGUCAAUUGCAAAAUAAUGAUUACAAAUCUUUUGCAAAUCUCUAGGAUGCUAUGGAUAGAUUGAACUAACCUACAUGAACUGUAUGUUCCUCAGGUCUUGCAGAUGCAGAUGAAAACUGUAAAAGAUUUAUGGACCGAGCACUACCUGAGUGCUUUAAGAAGGUGUGUGUUUACCACUUCCACAUUGCCAGCUAUAUAAUACACCUUGUUUACCCCCAAAGAUUUCGCAUAGGCUUUGUUUUCUUUUUCUCUGGGGAUGACUGUUAACCCAGGGGAAAUUGUAAACAACUGUUAUGCAAAAUUUUUGGGAGUGUUGGUGUCAUGAAUUGUUUUUUAUUUUUUACCAUAGUUAUUGACAACACAAGCAGUCCACAGAUGGGGUUCAGAAAUCCAUGAAGGAAUUUAUGACAUGCUUCAUCUGCUUCUGGAGUUGAUUGCUUCUAGGCUCAAGUAUAAACCUGUACCAUUUGGAUUACUGGAAUUGUUGACACAGGUACCUGAUCAAUAGUGCACUUUGUAUAGUAAGCAAGAUGCUACAAGAAUUAGUUAAUGACCUGCAGUAGAACAUCCAGCUAGUAACUUCUUUUCAAAACUAAUGCCAGAAGAUUCUUGUUGUUCAUCAGCUCUCUACAUCUGCGAUCUUUUGUAACUGAAACCAUUUUUUGGCCAACGGUUUAAAAUUUUUCAUUUUAUUUAAUCUUCUCAAUUUAAUUGGGCAAAUGAAGAUUGAAAGAAACAUCAAGAUUUCAAGAGUUUAGCUAUACUGUAGAACAGUGAUCUAUUUUGACAUGCUGCUUGCUAUCAUUGUUAGGCUUUCAAUCCAGAAACAGAGUUCCAGUUCAAGAACAGGUCAAAACCGUGGGAUAAGAAAUACUUUGAAGGAGUGUUUGGAGCUGAUGAUUGUUAUGCUGUUUGCCCACCGACCUCUGUGUAUUACACAAGCCCAUCUUACAAGGUAAGCUACUAAAACCCAGUCAGCAGUAAAGCAAUUCUUUAUUGUUUUUCUUUACUUCCAAAGAUCCUUCAUUCUUAGGAACCCAAGCCGAGUAGCUACAUGUACAUGUAAUGAGGUAGAAGUUGAAAAUGCUUGGGCCUUUAUGUAAGCAGACGGUUAAUCUGGGGACAGAUGCCAAAACUCUUUAUUGCAGUUAACUGAGAUUAAAAUAUAGUUCUUCUAUAUAUUAUUUAAAGCACCAAAAAAUAGUAUAAUAAACAUGCAUCUUUAAAUAAAGUUUAAUUAAUUUUGACCUGUAACAGUUAUCCCUUUCAAUAUUCUGGCCAGUAAUAUUGAAACUAAAAAAUUGGCCAAGUUUGAGCAGAUAUAGUUACAUGUAACACAUAGUGAAAAGUUUAGUAUGUAAACUUCUACUUUCCAGACCCUUAUUCUUGGUAAUAAAUAAUUUAAGGCAAUAAUGAAAAGUGAUUUAUUGUUGUUUUCUUUGUCUUGUUGCAGGAUCCAUAUGGCUGGUUGGUAAACUUGAUCAACAAGGUAAACCGGUACCAUGCUUCAUUCUGUGCCGUAUUUUUCCAAUACCUAUGGAAAGACAAAAGAAAAAGAAACUCAGCCGUACUUAACACUAAAAUAUAAUUUUUUUGUUUGUGAUAGUUUGCAGAGCUUGGGGGAUUUGAGGAGAUCAAGAAACAGAUUGAGACGGCAGAAAGAGUGGAUGCUCCAGUAAGAAUGUUCAACAAGUUAAUACCGCAGUAAAUUUAGUUUGGGCAUUAAUUACACUUAAGGCCCUGCAAGCAACAAUGCAGCAGUAAAUUGUCAUAGAAAAAAGACUUUAAGCAGGCAAUAAGUGUGUGUUGUUUUAAUUUUUCUUUGCUUUUAGAGUUCUCAAAGUUUUGUUUUAUCUUUAUUUCAGAUGUUGGCUGCACUCUUGAAGCCCCUGGGAAUUUGUGCCAGUUAUCUGAAUGCAAAAGUGCUGCCAGUAAGUGACAACAAUAAUUUGCUUUGUCGUGCUAAGAAAGGUUAUUGUUGCUGAAUCCUUUUAAUCUCCUUUUAGUAUUCUUAUUUCAUGAAACAUGGUGGCUAGUCUAAAAGGGGAUGAUAAAAUACUGCUGCAUCUUUAGCAUGGAUAUUUUACUGGUUGAUUAUAACUACCAGCAGAUGUUUCGCUGCCGUGUGAUUUUUUUCUUGAUGUACUUUGUACCUGUAUGCAGUCAUGAUGUUUGUUUUUUCAUUACAGAAAGUCUUCAGUGAUGUUUUUGAAAAAACACUAGGAUACAUCCAAGAACUGACAAAUGAAGACAUGAAGCAAAAGGUAUUAUUGCAGUGUCUGAUAUUGGCUCUUAGUAUAAUAUGUGUUACUGGUCAAAUGUGGUUUCAGGUUAAAAUAAUAUUUUUUGAGACCAAUUUUCUUCUCAAUGUCCUUUGACCCCUAGGAAUAGGAGACAAGGGUAAUUGAGAAUCAACUUACUAGGUUAAGUCAAAAUUUAUCUGAAAUCAAAUUUGACCCAUAACACAUGCAAAUUUUGGAAUUUUAAACUGAUAUUUUUUCUUGUGUCAUAUUUACAGCAGAUUGGUCACAACUCAUGGUACCCAAAUCAUUAUUAUACUUAAAUUGAUUAUCAUAUGUUUAUGUAAUUACAGGCUGUUGGAGAUGUGUUUGAUUUGUUAACAACUCUUAAACUGUUGUGCAUGAGACUUUGGCAGAACAUGGUGUCAGGUGUCGAUGAUCUGAGGCUGGAGGUGGCUUUGAAGAUGCUCAAAAGUCCACAUUUCAAUGCCAAGAUGAAUUCGCUCAAAGAGGUGACUGCCGUGCACUGCAGACAUACUUUGUUUUUUUUCUUUUUAAACUGUUGUGGCGUGUCCUGAAACAAAACUUAACAAACGUAAUUGCUAAAUUUCAUUUUGUAAGAGUACAGCUGAAGACGUUUAAUCUGAAUCACACUGUGGUUUGAUUUCAUCCACAAACUGCAAAGUUAGAUCAGCUCACGUUGUGCCUUUAUCUACCAUUUUCUUAUUUACUAGGUUAAGUUACACAUUAAACUUCUACAAAUUAUUUUAACUAUAAUCAAUUUAUUUUUGUUCAAAUAUCAGGUGUGUAAGUUGAUUGAUGAUUCUGAAAAGAGUAAGAACCCUAAAGUGAACAUUUCGCAGGAUGUUAUCACUGAGUGGCUGCUUCAAAACAAAGUUCUCUCUAUCGCAUUUGAAAGUAAGUUUACCAUUUAGCUAAACUUCUCUACCCUUGUACAUCUGUGCAAGGGCAGUUUAUUAGGGUAAUAGCAGGUAAAGUUUUAAUGUCAGGAACUGCACAGAGUCCUUGAGGAGCAUGGAUUAGCACAUAGUGUGAAGCGAUCUGUGCAGGAGGAUUCGAGUUUCAUUCUUAGUUGUCACCUCAAAUCUUUGUUUCAACUUCUUUCCUUUCCAUGAUGUACUUUAAGUACCUCUAAAUUCAUGGUAAACGGAGCACUGAUAAAGAGAUGGGUGUAAAAAAGGAGCACACUGUUAACCUCAGGUUCCUCAGUCUAAUGUGUACUGUUAUGAGUUAUCAACAUGAAAUAAGAACCUUUGUCUUUAAGGGUGUGGUCGCCCAAUCUCCCAAGCAAGGGGGCUAGUGAUACAAGUGCUUAACAGCAUAGUGAGCUACUACUACACUCUCCAAUGGUCUGUAGUGUGUGAUUCCACUGCAAGCUUUAUUUUAUCAGAUUGUUGCUUUUGUAUUAUAGGAUACAAGAGUGUUGUAUUCCACUUACAUUGUAGGUCACAACCUUUGUUGGCCAAUUUUGGUGCUCUUCAAAAAUAUUGUUUCUCCACUAGCCUCUUUCUUCCACUUUUUUCACUGCUUAUUUAGCAUGACAGGUUCUAGAAAAAUUUUUCAGGGAUCAUGGCUGGGUCAUGGGGAUUUCCAGCCAUGGGAACUGGGUGAUUUCCUGUGUAAGUGCAUAGAUUAACGUCUUCCUUAUGAAUAUUGCAAACGUUUUGCUUAAGAUUCCAUACCUUUCUUGCAGGCAAUCUUCAUCAAUCUCAGUACUGUGAUCGAAUCAAAGUACUUGUAGAGUUCCUUGGUACCAAGCUCUCUUUGGAUGAGUUAACCACCAUAUGGAAAAUGCAGGUAUUUAUGCAUCAACUAGCCAUGUUCUUUGAGAGCUCAGGUUCAUAAAACAGACCCUAAGCUCAAAAUCAACCAUACAUGUGCAGCAUCUGUAACCUUCUUUAGUCUCAUGAACUGGUCAAAUACACUAAUGCCAACAAUUUUGUUACACCUGUUGGUUAUAGCAAUACAUUCAGCCAGCAUCGAGUGCAUGAAUAUCAUAACAUUAAGAGUUCAAGAGCAAGUUGCCAACAGUCAUAAGUGCUGUUAUUUUCAAGUAAUGAAACAAAAUAAAGGAAACAUAUUUAAUUUAUUUCUCUUAAAACUCACUGAAAAACUCCUUGCAUAAUUUUUUUGUUACAAAAUUAAGUGAUCAAUGUGAUGAAUUUGUAAAGGUUGGAAAGCACCACACUGAGGUAGACAACAUACACAAUAUCCUGGCUACAGCGGCAGUGAGAUUUAACUCUAACCAGCUGGAUCAUCUCUUUGUCCUAAUACAACAGGUUUGUUUCCUCAGUAGUAACUAUUUAUUAUUUCAUGUUGUUGAUAGCUGAGCCUCUUAUACAAUGAACUGAGAAGUUGUAUGCAGGGAUGCAUUUGUGACAUAUGUACAUGUACAUGUAAAAUCAGAAAAUGAGUGAAAUCUGUGGGUGAAAUACUGCAGCCAGCAAAAUACAUGUAGGUUGCUUGGUGUAAAGAAUAGCUUCCCAAAAAACCUGUCAGUUGAAGUAAUGUCAACUGACUAAUGUCCUACCGUCCAGGCGCAGUGAACAGACAAUUGGCCAACCAUUUGGCUGGCAAGUGGCAAAAUUGCUGGCAGCCAUCUUGUUGUCAUGAUAUUGUAGUCCACUAUUGCAAAUUGACAGACUAGUUUAUCUUGUUUUUUGUUAGACUCCAAAUCAUUAUUUUAGUCAUUAGAGACAAAGGAAAAGAAAACUCAAACCAUGUUUUCACACGUAAUUAAGAGCUUAACGGUCUGGAAAUUUGUAUUUUAUUGCAGAGCUGGGGAUCUGAGAGCGAUCGUAUGAAGGAAAAACUUCUCAUUCUCAUUGGACGAAUAGGAAAAGAAGCUAGAGUGGGAAAGAUCACAACUAAGGUACAGAGUAAUUGUAUUAUUGUAUAGCAUUUUCCCUAUCCAUUCUGUAUGUUUUAUUAUUAUUUCGUUGAAUUGUAGUAUUCAGGUUAAAAUAGUGCAUUGCUGGUGUGCCUGUGGCUUUUUUAGACCAAGCUGCUAAGUAAGAUGGCUGACAAUGGACUUCAAUUUGACUGUUGUGAUGAAGGUCAAUGAAGGUUUUAUCUGCUAGCCCUUGGAAAGCUCAUGAAAAUGCCUAAAUUGUACACUGUACCGUAACUGUGUCAGAACUUUUUGUAGCUUCUUCUUUAUUGUUCAGGGAGACAUGAUAAUUAUUCUUUUAUUUAUCUGUCUGUAUCUGACAGUAAAUUUUCAUUACUAGGGAGCUUAAGCAACAACAAUGGUGACGUCAACGAGAACGGCAAAAAAGAAAUUGGUUUAGAUUGGCAAAACAACAACCUUGAAUGUGCUUCACCCUUUUUUGUACAUUUCUUUGCUGUCACUGCACAACUACGACAUGAAAAUGCCCAAUUUCACGAUUUGGCAGGGAUGGGAACACAAGACAACAGCUUUCCUUUUCUUUUCCUGAACUCUGAUACAGGCCAGUAUUUGACGAAUUAAACGAGAUGGAAUAAGCAGGAUAACGUCUGAGGCAGUGGAAAUUCACUUUUUAAGUGACGUUUUUGUAGCUGUCACCGUCGUUGUUGCUUAAACCCUUUUAUAUAAUUAUUCCCUCUUCUAAUCCCUUAACCCUUCAAGCCUCAAUAUUCAUACCAAUCUUCCACACUGAUCUCUAGGCAUUUCUUUAAUUUCUUUAAACAUCAGUCGACAUUGGCUGUCUUUACACUAGCCUGAUAAGUAAGACUUGAGAGCUGCUAAGUUCUACUAAACCAAAAAUGCAUGUGUGAAGGCCUAAGUAAAAUCUCAAGUAACUUUACUUUGCAUCUCAUAAAAGUCAGAAAGUUGAAACGAUUCAAGAAAGUUUCAAGUGACUUGAAAACCAUCCUUAAAACCAACUUAGCGAACUUUGCGGUUUCUAAGCUUUGAGAAAGGUGAAGCAUGUCAAUCAAUCUUAAUUAUGUUGCAUGGGAAAAUAGGCUUAAGUAAACCUGAAGUAAAAUAGAUAGGUUGUGCAUGAAGCUUUCUUUUACUUGAAGAAUUUAAAAUUUACUUGUCUUGAAAUAAUUAUUUCUUAGCUUAUUAACGCUCUAUUGUAAAGAAUACCAUUUUCUCUUACGGUGAUCAUUCUGUCAAUUCUCACAACCUUUUCUCUUGAAAUAUAUGUAUUGAUGUUAUUAAGAGAAAAGUGACGUUGGUUUCUCCUAAAGGGUUGAAAAUUUAAAGGUUAAAAGCUGUAAGAUUUCUUACUUGUUUCAGGUCCUUGAUCUUCUUUGGAGUCUGUCACAUCUGCCAUCACUAACAACAGAGAUGGUUGAUCAAGCGCUCAAGUCUCACAUUGAAAUCCUGAGUGAUUCCUACUCGGUCAAGGAGCAGAUCAAGAAGAACUACGCCAUCAAAUGUGUAGAGGACAUGAAAAAGGGAGUGUUGAUUGUUCCAGCUAUACGUCAACUUUUGAAGAUUACCAGAGGAAUGGUGAAGCAACAGUUCAACAAAAAUGACAAGGUUGUCUUGAGUGUGUAACAUAAAAAGUUAAUAACCCAUAGAGAUCCAAAGACUGAGUGUUUCUCACCAUAGGCUUUACAUGCUCUAUUUGCACUUCAGAAUGCUGGGCACUUUGGUUUUAAACAUACUCUUUCUGAAAUAUGAUAUUUAUGGCUUAACUGUUUUUUGAUCAGGUGAAAAUAAUAAUAACAUUAUAUCAAAUUACUUUGAAACAACUCUCUCCUUGUUUCGUUGUCUGUCAGUGUGAAUCUCUUGCAAGUAUUAAGGAAAUUUGUCACAUCAUCUUCUUCAUAAAAUUUUGAUGUCCUACAAAAUUAUCCUGCUAGAAGAGUAUUUUUUCUGCAUAGUUGGUUUGUUGAAAUCUGUGUGAACAAACCAGCUGUGCAGAAUAUCAAUGGCACAAAGUAAUAAUAUUAUUGAUACAUGCUAAAAGCCUUGCAAGUAAAAAGCACUAUACUAUCUGAGUAUAUAAUUUUGAUUGGUUUAUGUUUUGGUUAGGGUAACCUUCAAGAACUUCACAAGAGCCAUGAUAUCAUCAAACUGACUGUCACCAGCCUGGUGAACUGCCAUCAGCAGGCUGUCGCAGCUGCUGCACCAGGUUCACUGGAAGAGGACACCCUUGUGGAUGGACGUUACACCCACAAGGAGUUUAUCAGCAUACAUUUACGAUUCUUGGCCUAUGUUCUGGAACAGGGUCGUUUCUACCUUCAUUGGCACAGAGCUCGAGAUAUUUGGGACUGCCUUGUUGCUAAUGCUGAUGCUUGUGAGUUUGAUCGCGAGGUUAGUUGAUCUUGAAUUUUUCAGCUCCAACUUUCAAUGUGUAGACGUGUAACAUGAUUCUGACUUUUUGACCAUGAAACCUCUUCAGAAGUACUUUCACAUGGUGCUAUUUGUUUCUCAUAAUAAUUUCUACAGGAGUAUGUUGCCCCAGGGAUACAAUAGUAUUAGCUAUUCUCCAGGAAUAGGUUCCCUGGGGAAAUAAAUCCCCCUGAUUAAAGUUUUUUUUUUAGACUGGGAAAUAGAUUUGUAUUUAUAUAAUUUAUACCCUUUUGGUGCUGUUCUUUCAGACAUGUUUUGACUGGUUUUACAAAGGACAAGAUGACUUGGACUCAGAGACUCAAUCUCAGAUGUUCACAAGUAAAGUUCUCAAACUGGAACCCAACAGGCUCACCAUGAAAGGUACCUUAACAAAAGGAGAGGUUUCUUUUACAGGUCACAUUCCACAGGUCACGAUUACAGGUCACUGUUUUAUUGAUAGUUAAGUACCCUUCAAUCAAGAACAGCAGUUUGGACAAGGAUUAGGGCUAGGAGACACUUCUGGUCUUGCUUAUUUAUCUGAAGCACAGUGACCUUUUUUUCUUAUUUCAUGCAGGUUUUAAUUGCUUCAAAAAAUUUCUGGAGAAAGUCAACACCAAUGAUCAUCGUAUGAAGGAGACCGGGAGUACGUACACUGUAGACAAGAAUGCUUACACAAUAGAGAAAAUGGAGCUUGUUGGACUUGAUUACCUGUGGAGAGUGGUGCUUGAAGUUCCUUCUGAGGAAAUAGCAAUGUUGGCUGUCAAGAAAUUAAUGGAACUAAGUUACACUUGUCUUUCUCCGAAACUUAAGAAGGUGGGUUGAUUCAUGCAGAGAACUUCCUGGUAGUAGUGAUCAGUGGCUAUCUGUUAAACUCUGUUGUGCUGUUUUUCAUUCAGGAUCCUGUGAACAUCCACAAGAAGUUCAUUCUGGAGUGCUACAAACGUCUUGAGGUAUGCAAAGCAUAAAGUGAACCAUCUUAUACUAUCUUACAGAGAGACAAGAAGGCCAACUGUUAGCGCGUUAUACCAUUGUUUUUCUUUUUAGCACGUUGUGUUAAUUUUUCAAUUGUUUCUACCCCGGCUUAUUCCCACAUGAGCGUGCAGGGCCAUAAAGGGCCAAGCCAGUAGAUUUUUCAUUUUGCAUACUGUUACUGUUGUGUAAUUUUAAUGGACGCCCUGAAAUUACACCAAUAAGGUUUGUAAAUGACUUUCCUGGCAUAUGACUUUGCUUUUCUUUGCUGCUAGCCAUAGGGUUAACUGCAUUUGUUGUACUUUCAGAACUCAUUCUUUGCAAUGUGUAUUUCCCGCUGAAACAAAUUGUCUUACGGCAAAAUUGUUAUAAAGGGUUUAAAAUUCAAGUAGCCUACGUCAGUUUGUUAGCAGCUACACCAGACCCACUAAUCAACUGUGCUUAAUAUACAUCCUUGGUCCUUUGCAGAGCAUGAUGUGUGGCCUGGGAAACUCCUCUAUAUCACAAGCAGCCUGUACUGCAGCUACAGCAGCAACUGCUGUACUCACACCUGAUGUGAUAAUCACACCUGUUCCAGCUAGGUAUGACAUCAAAUAGCCUGAUAUUUUUUUAGAGUGAAGGGAGAAAUUUCAAGGAUGCACUUGCCCACGUGUGCAAGAGGAGAAAAGGAGAAGAGGCCUCCCCUCUCACACUCCAUAACCCUGCCAUUUGGACCAGACCUCAAAUCCCACACAGAAAGUAAUCUUUGCCCUUUCAAAGACAGUCGAACUUCCACUAACGGCCACCUCUCUACAACGGCCACCACUUUCCUCUGUCCCCAAGGUGGCCAUUGUAGAGGGGUUCAAUUGUAAAUUGUUGAUGAGCAUUAUCCUUUUAUUGUAGGGCAAAUGUCAUGCUGAGUAUUGAACGACUUUUAGUGCUGGUGGAACAGUACAUCAUUACUGUCGAGGUAUGCUUUUUUCUGGAACCAAACCUAUGAAAUCACCUAUAAAGGCUUUUCUGGAAUUAACGACCUCUGAAUGCAAGUGUCAAGUGUAUGAGGGUAGGGGUGUGGGAAUCAUACACCCUUCCUCACUCCCCCCCCCCCUUUGCGUUUUAGUUAUUUCCUCCUAUUUGUAUGAAGAAAAAAAGUGGCUUUGAGAAGUCUACUGUUGUAACACCCUCUGUUGCUUUUUACAAUUUUAAAAUUGAGUUUUAUUUUCUUCAGGAUCUCCAUGCGGGUCCCCGUACACUUUUACCGCAUGGUGCUUCAUUUCAUGGUUAUCCUAUCACAAUCAAUGUGUCUUCUGAUCUGCCACGGCAGGAGUUUACUUUACAGGUAUGUGUUAGGCUUCUUCGCUGAUACUUUGCUAGUGUUAAAGAUAAAAUACACUGUCCAAAAUUAUUUCAUGCUGAGAAUAAAUCAAUGUUAUGCUGUUUAUAUAUUUCAGUGUCACUCCAAUGAAAGUCUCAAAUCUAUUCGCCACAGAGUAGCAAACCGACUAAACACCAAUCAUGAGCAGAUUCAGUUAUCAACUAGUGAAAAGCUGGUAUGUAAUAAUAGCCUUUGCUGUUUGACCUAAAUAGCAAUCAAUAUCACUGUGCACAGCUGUGUCACAGUCACACAGUUUGACUAUUAUUAAAUUUGUUUGUCACUGUCAGUCUAUGGUUAAAAACGCAUAACCAUCAUGCCUUCAAACAUACUGUUGCUAAAGAAACAUUGUUAAACUGCCCAUGGAUCUGAGCUUUUUCAAAAGCCCGCCCAGUUACUUCAAAGAGAAAGGAUAGACCUCUAAACAUUAAUGCUGGGUUCAAGCCUGAAAAGAGACUAUCCUUUUAAUUUAUUUUAUUUUAUUUUUGUCGUUUUUUUCUCUUUUUUUUAAUCUUAAUGAAAGGAAAAGGCUGGAACACUGAAGGGAUGUGCAUUUUUUAGUUCUAAAACAAAGUUGUUUAACAUCUCUAUAAUGCUAAUAUAGCCACAUGCCAGUUUUUUGUUGUCUCUUUGGAUAGGGGUCAGGAAUGUUUCUUGAAAUCUAUGCUACAUGCAUUUUUAGCACAUGGCCUAUGUUCUUUUCUCUCCAUUCCCCUUACAACAUUUGAGGCAACACCCAACACAUGAUCUUCCCAAAAUAUGAUUUAACCCUUGAAGUCCCAACAUCAAUUUUGUCCGAACAAUAUCCAUAUGUUACCAAGAGAAAUGGUUAUGAGAGUUAAUAAAAUGAUCACUAAAGAGAAAAUGCUUUGAUCUGUCAACAAACUCUCUCAACUAAUUCUUUAAAGAAAUGUAUGAAGAUUAGUAUGGAGAGUUUAUAUGUGGAUAUUGGGGCUUAAAGGGUUAACAAAGCAAGAGUUAUUGGCCCAAAAACUUUAAUAGUGUGUUGGGCUUUCAACGCUCUUGCCUUGAGCAGUUUGGCUGAAGCUCUUCUUAUUUUUCAAUUGUAGCUUCUACCCUCUAAAGAUCAAAAGCUGCUCUAUCAGCUUGAAUUUGAAGAUGAACAGUUGCUGUUCGCCAAAGUGUCUGUAUCUGGUGUGACAACAGUCCCUACCAAGGAAGAGGCAGAGGUAUACUUGUCGAUUACCCUCUACCCAGAGGAGGGAAGGGGAGGGGAGGGAAGGGGAGGGGGUAAAUGCCAUUCUCAUCCCCACCCCCUCUUGUUAGCCAAAGGUGAUUUGUGACUUGUAUGUCGAAAAAAAUGAAAAGUAGGACAGGCCAAAUAUCACCACACAUCUGUUAAAAUCAAUUACUUUGCAUAUCAAAGAAAGCAAAAAGUCUUUAUUAUUACGAAUUAAUCAAACCCAGGCAAAUGAAAUCAUCUAGCCUCUGUAGCAGGUGCUUUGAAGUAUUUGAUUUUCUAUGUCUCCCUCGCGUGCCCAGGUCUUUCUUGCGCCCAUUACUUUAGAGCUAAUGAAAUCUUGCCUACCACCUCUCUUGUACAACACCAGAAGUUUAUGAUUUUUCCCCUACAUCCUAGCAUUAAAAUAAAUUACCUCAUUUGUGGUUCAUCAGUUGAAAACAUUCUCUAAAUCAUAGUUUCUUCACUCCACUGUUUCUAGAGCCAAGAGGCCAUGAGAAUUGAUGAGGUAUGGAUUUUUCCAGGGUGACAUCUUUGUCUGUGCUCCUUUGUAGCGUGCCUUAUUUUUUGUUAAAAUUAACUAGUCUUUUGUUCUUAUUUACUCUACAGUCCAGUGCCAGUGGCUCCAAUCGUCAAAGCUAUGCUCUGGAGCAGGUUAGAAAGUUUUGAAAGUGUGUUCCCUUGUUUCGCGUUUGGACAGAACCGAAAACAAAUGCUGUGAUAAACCAGUUGAAACCAAACUUUUUUCAGUUGAUUCAGUUUGGUAUUUCCAGUAGACGACUUUUUCAAUCUUUGAUUGAAACGCUUUUGCAACCGGGUAUAGUUGUUGCUGGACUGCCUCUCAAUGAAUUUACUAUUACAUUGAACGCAGUUUUUUUUGGAAACGGUUUGAAAAGUAUUUGUGAGGAUUUCAGACCCUCUCAAACUGGGUUUGAGGGGUGCCUCAGCCCUCCUCCCUGCUUAAGGCUCAAUUAGCAGCCGCUGUUUGGGAAAUGAGCCCGCAUUCCUUCUAAAAAAGACGAAGAGGACCCGCGAGAGCGACCAAAAUCGAGCCCAGUUUUCUCAACAAAAUUAAUGAUAAUUUAAAAUGCCAGAAACUGAAUUUCUCUUGUUUUGUUUUGUUUGUUUGUUUGUUUGUUUUAUCAGGAGCGUAUGAUGCCUGGUGUUAUCAUGGCGACGGAGUGUAAGGCAUUUGAUAAGCUGUAUCAGCUGACUGAUCUUGAAGAACCAACCAUCACAGUCCGUGUGCAGAGGCUGUUAAUGCUGCUACCUACUGAUCCUGAUGUUCAGGAGGCUCUGGAGUCUAUCAGCCAGCAGGUGACAAAAUUGUGAUCUUUUUUCUGAGAUAAAUUGACGUUAUUAAAAGUCAGGAAAGCAAAGAGCGCCCAUCAAUCAUUUAGAGCUCAGUCAAUGUGGUCUUUGAUGUUCUUUCCUCAUUUUUACGUCGUCGGUGAUCUAUAAUAACGUCUGCAUGGGAGGCUAUGAUCUAUAACUGAAGAGGCACACAAGAAAUAUAAUCCAUUUGUUAUACAAUGCGUAAUAUGUAAUGUUAUGGAGUCUAAGCAAAGACGUUUUUGAGCUACGCGCAUCGGUAACUAAUCAUUUCGCCCCGAUUUCUUAGCCUCCUGUUUUCCAGUCAUUUAGCGCGCUUCAAAUGUAAUGUUCCUCGUUCUAUAACCGUAAAGCAAAACAAGUGCGCUUCAAAUGUAAUAUUCCUCACUCUUUACAGGGGCACCCAACGACAAUUUUCGGAAAAAUAUCUGUUCGGAAGACGAUUUGAGAUCUAGAAUUUUCGGAACAUUUGUUGUAAAAUUUCUUGCUUGCCUGCCUCUCCUAGGAUUUUCGAACAUCUAAAAAAUGGUAAAAUUGCCCAUUUUCAACGGAUUUUUACCCUAAAAAGGUCACCUAGAAUUUUCGGGAGCCUUUUUUCUGGCUGAAAUUUUCGAACAGGUAAGUUUUGAUCCCUAUAGUUUUCGGAUCAUUAGACUUUCAGCUAGGAAAUCCGAACAGAUGAAAAAUUUAUAGGGGAUGAAAAUAUGUCUAUAUCCACCGUUUAAAUACUAAAACACGUUUAACAAUGCUAUGUUUAAGUGGUUUUGAACUAUAUUCUCGUUGGGUGCCCCUGUCUUUAAGCCAUAAACCAAAACAAGCAAGCCUCAAAUAUAAUAUUGCUCGUUCUAAAAUAGGGGGCUAAGUAACCGGGGCGAAAUGGCCGUAAGGCCGCAUGUCAUCAAUCGAAGUGAGGCCUUUUCUCUUUUAAUAAGUCUUGACGCUGCCAAAUUUGUAUUGCUGUGUCUACGCGCAUAGAGACAAUUUGCCUAAAAAUUUGGGCAAAACCACUGCCAAAGAAUGUGAAAAUUCCACUUCCGGUUGAUGUGUCUUUGCUUACUCCCUAUUAUAACAGUAUUCACUCGGUGAAUCGGGAAUAAUCUUAAAAACGUUUCAAAACUGAGCGCCAUCUUAGGCAAAAGUCAAGUGUCUGUAAUGAGUGCUCUAAUAGGCCACAGGCUAAGAGUGUUUAAAAUGGUUAUGGUAUGUCGUAUAAACAGUAGUACAUAGAGGAAGUAUGGACACAUAAACUUUCAGUUCUUAUAAAGAGGCAUUGCGAUUUGUUCACAAGCUGUGAAGUAGACUAGCGAUCUUGCUACCUGUGCUGUACAUGUGUGCAUUCUGAUUUGUCUUUUUCUUGAACAGUAUACCAUCAGUUGCUCUCCUGGAAAUAUUGAUGACCGAAUGCAAUCCACAGCUAACCUGCAAAACAUGUUUAAAUGUGUCACACCUGGGAUGUCUCCAUUCAGAAUACUGUAUAACCUGGAGGUAUUGCUUACGUGUAUUAUAAUCAGAGAUGAAAUUAACGUAAUCAAGUUAGUGUCUCUUAAGUAAGUACUGCAGACAUGGAAAAGCUAGGGACAAUCGUAUCUCCAGACCGCCUUGUAUUGUUUCUGAACUUUUAAUAGUCAAGAUAAAAAUUAGCCAUCUUGCUGACUAAAAUAAAUAUAAUGCAAGUUGUUACAGUUUCUUUUAUUUUUCACAUCCUUUGAUGAGCGUCACAACACUCAAUAAUUGUUUUCCAGGUGUUAAGUAGUAAGCUGAUGCCAACACUAAACAGAGAUGGUGGAGCAAAUGCAAGGAUGUUCAAGGAGAACUUUUUAGCAGCCGGAGGGCUCAGGUAACUGUCAGUUCUGUGGCCAUGCAAAGGCUUUGUUAUUAGAGAGUUUUAGAUCCGAGUUUACCGCGAACCUCUAACCGCUGGAGGUCACGUGACAAGUCUUUCGCGUCACGUUUGAGGUUUACAACGUGCGUUUUCAACGUGGGGAGCUGGGUUUUCACGUAUUUCAUUUACCUGAAAGCUUUUAGCGUAUAAUUAUUGUUUCAUCCCACGUAAUGAUACAAAAAUCUUGUGGAGCAAGUCUUAAUACAUUAACAGAGGCACAAAUUCGGGCGAAAUGCUAAAUUUGAUAAAUCCUAUUGGAUCUUGAAAACAAGUGCCAUUCAUGGCUGCUGAUUCAAAAUGGCGGCCGUAAAAUUGCAAGAAGAACUAAUGUAAGAAUUUACAGCUCUUUGCUGCUAGAUAACCCAGUGUUGCCGUAAAUUUCUUUUGUUUUCACUGAUUAAUUUUUCUUCUAUUUCUAAAUGGAAUAAUAAACCAGAAUCCACUUGUUUAAUCCACCGCCAAUCUAAAUCGAAUUAUGUUUGAACGUCGAACCGCAAACGGGUAACCGCAAACCGCGGUUAGAGGUUCGCGGUAAACUCGGAUCUAAAACUCUCUAUUAUUAUUCACGCAGUCUUGAAAAGUUUUUAAGUUCCUCAAUGGUUUCUCAAAAAAGUUCUUGACUUCCUCUCUGAGAUCUUAACACUUUGUUAAAUUCCUCGAAGUGUUUUCAUAAAGUUGUCAAAAAAAGUCCUUCCAUUCCUCUGAAAGUAGGACCCAUCUUACUUCUCUUACUUUCAGAGUGCGAAAAGGUUAUAUUUUAUAUCAAAUAUUGUGCAUUGUACUUAUUCACUGGCUUGUUCUCUAAAUGUUGAUCCCAAUAGCAUUGUUGUCAACAUAUUGCAAAAAGAUAUGUUUCCUCAAGACGUAGACACAGAAAUUCGCCGAGGCUGUUAUGCAAUCUGUCUACAACUAGCAAGGUUUGUAGUCCAGUAUUUUAUUUUUCAAAAAAAGUCAUUGAUUUACAGCAAGUUUACAGGUUAAUUUGUUCCUCUACAAGACAAUUUAAACGUACUUUUUAACGAUUACUCAGUAGGGAGAAAUGGCUAACUCCUUGAUAACCAAUAAUUGUUGUUUAAUCGUAAACGGUUAUUUUUCUAAAGGUAAUCUUGACGUCUGACCGCACUUCAAUCAUCAGGAAGUCUUUGUUUUAAAAUUAGUAAAUGCAUUUUCCGUUUCUUGGAAAGUAGUCAUAAGGCCUCAGCACCACUUAGCUCAGAUGUUAGAGCUCGACUUGUGGGCUGGAAAUCGUGUGUUUUAACCCCGGCCGGACUGCUAACCAAAGUUGUGUUAAAAAAUAAACAUCUCACCAGCUGUGAUUAAGACCUUAGUUUAUCGCUGAGUUGAGCAGUGAAGUUAUGCUGUUGGCUUCGUCUCCUUCAACAUUCCUAAUCAAUUUAUAGGGAGGGUUAGCAAACCCCCUUGGACAGAGGUCCCAUAACAGUUGAAUGAAGAUAUGGAUUGACACGCGAUUCUGGCCCACAGUAAUAUGCAUAAGCUGUUAUGGUGUCGCUGCUAAGUUUGGCAAAGCCAUUAAAAUACGUUGAGUUUUGUGGCAUGGAGCAAAGUUCAAAGUAGCAUGUUCGGUUUGUCAUACUCUCCUUUCUAAUUGUCUUCAAGGUUCUUACUAUGUGGACAGUCGUCUGAAAACUCCUUCACAGCUCCUCCCACUUCACCCUACCGAGAAUCUGCAACUGCUGCUGCGUCACCCAUUGCUAUGGCAACGGGAACCAUGGACACUGACUUAAAUGACUCCCUGAACAACUCAGCUGUUGAAGCGAAAAGACCACGCUCGAGUAGCGUGAUCGAUGAUGUACAUCCUUCCGUCAGAGUAGCCAUAGAGGUGUGUACUUUACUAGAUAGUGGGGACGAGCACACUUUGGGCCUGUUUACAUGAAGGUGGGGUACCCCAGCGAGGUGAGGUAACCCUCGUAGGUGGGGUAAAAAAUAAUUCACCCUCCUUAAAACCUCACCUUACUGCUCAUUAGAUUUCAGUUGAAUUGUCACACCACCAAAUUUUGUCAUCGAGCUAACAAAUUAUCGGCUUUUACUGGAAUUAAAAGAGUUAACAGCAGUGUUUCUGUCCUCAGACAAUGGGUCGCGAUGACUUUGCGGAAACGAUUGCCUGUUUUAUGCGAGUGGCCUGGGCUGCAGCAGCUGGAAGAAUUAACCUUGCAGGAGGUAGACAGAGGCUAUCCAGUCAGAGCUCUGAUGAGGAGGCAGCUACUAUGGGGGGAGGGGCGGGUAGUGAUACAGAGUCGGUCAGGUCCUUCAGGUCGAGUGUCUCCAAUGGUAUUCCUUCUGAGGUCACAAGCAAGGUAUGUAUAAUAAAGACACAGGUAGAGAUACAGUCAGAAGCUUUUUGGGCGACUCGACCCUCGCUUGACAAGCUGACGAAAUAAUCACAAUGAUUUCGUUUCCACAUAAAAUGUAUCACCCGUCUCUCUCCAACACGCGUUUUAUAUAUUUAUGUCUUUUAAUUCAAAUUCGUCUUCAUUUUUCACCUGUGAUCUGGCCACUUUUGCUUUGAAUCGUAAGCACUUGCAAGCCAUUCAUUAAGACUGCAAAAUGACACAAAAUGUGGACAUUAUACAUCUUUUGUUCUGUUAUACCUUCUUCCUGGUUUAAGUAACUUUUUAUCUGAUUUUCUUACACCCUAACACUGUCCACGGCGUCUUUGCUGAGUUUUGCCAAUGGUACUACGGACUAGCCUUGGGUUACCUGUGCAGGUGCAGGUUCAGCAGAAAGUUAAAGUUUGUUUGUUGCCGUUUUUUUCGUUUUUCUUUGCUUCAGGAUGUCGUGAUAGUCGCUGAGGCCCUUCAACUACUUGUCCUUUGUCUACAGCUUAGAACUCAACUUAUGGGUAAGAAAAUUUUGUUUAUUUUUCGGGCGUAGUGCCCCGAAAGUUUGACCGGACACUUCGUUCACUCGGGACCGUUCAAUAUUUUCUCAUGUUCCUUUUUUUCAAUAGGAGUGUUUUAUUACCUUCCAAACGUCAAUGACUUCAUUGUGGAAAUCCUCAUAGGUUCCAUUAAUUCUCAGGUAAAUCAACUUGCAUGCCAAUGAUCUUUAGCUCACUUACUAGAGAGCUUUAGAUUCUGACACAAGGACGACUACGCGUACGAGAUUUCCCAAUAUUGAGUAUUUGCUCACGCGUGAACCAGCGUCAUUUUGGCGGGAAAACGUGAUAGCCCCCUACGAGUUUUAGCGAGAAUGUCGUAGUGGAGGGAACAAGUUAUCAAAUGAAAGAAGUUUUAUCCUUUUGCUAUCGGGAGACGGCUUAACCUCCUUCAGUAUAAAUAACCGUACUAACUUUUGUUGGUGAAAAAAGGUAAAUUGAAGCUUUCUGGGGUGCCUUUUUUUUAGAACACAUACCAAAACGUUAAGUUAAAUCUUGUACUCUUACUUAUUCUCUUCCUUAAAUCAAAAGCUCUCUUCUAGCAUUAAAUCAGUGCAUCAAUUAUCCGCACCAUGUACCAUCUAUUUUGGUUGGGAUCAUGUGGUUCAGGUUGCUUAAACAUCGAGACCAGUUGCUUUGAUCAUCGUUAGUUAUGUAAUAAUGGGUGUGUGUAUUUUCCUUCUGUUAUAAUUUGUGUCUCAAUGAAUUACAGGUGCGGACAACUGCUCUAGAGCAACUACUUAUUCUUAGCCAAACGCCAGUAGGAGGUAUGUACGUGUAGUAAUAGCACUCUUGAGCACAGAAGGGGAGUAAAAACGUGUUCGCUUCUGGAGCACCUGUGGCCUAUAGAAGUUUUUUAUAUAAAAUUAAAUAUAGAUGUAAAUUUUGUGUGACCAAACCCUGCGAACCUUUCGAUGACAAGUGGAGAAAAGCACUAAAUUGGUCUCCACCAGAAAAAAAGAAGGAGAGAAAGACCAUAAGAUAAGUGGCGUAAGAUGGCAGAAAAAGAAGUUUGGGUGGAGGUAUUAGGCUGAUAUCAAGUCAGCAAAAGCAGGGCUGAAUGGAAACCAUUUCUUUGCCCCUUAUGAUGAUGAUGAUGAUGAUGAUGAUGAUGAUGAUGGUGAUGAUGGCGGUGACGAUGACUAUGACGAUGAUGAUGAUGAACGACUGACUGAGUACUUUUUUGGUUUUUCAGAUCCCAAAAUUCAAACUCCAAAUCAUUUUCUUCUGAGUGUGAUGCUCAAUUCUCCCCUUCCACUGUGGACUCCAACAGUUUACGUCAGAGGAAAAAACCACAGGUAACUUUUUUUAAAACAAAUUGCAUGGUGCUGCAUAUCUUUUCACUAUUACUGUAGUUGUUGCAGCAUAACUGCCUCUCACAAUACUCCAAUUGCAUUUUAGAUUGCAACGUCAUUGUAGCCAGUUCUUUGAUCUCCUCUGUCGACUGCUGGAUUACUUAACAUGUGAGUAGAGUAGUAGAGUGACCAACAUCAACAUUCUCUCAACAAUAUCAAAAUAUCAUCAAGCAAAAAGGCAGUGAGAAUUUAUAAAAUGAUCUUCAAAGGAAAAUACUUUGAUCUUAUAUCAAAUUCUCUCAACUAAUUUCUUAAAGAAAUGUUUGGAGAACAGUCUGGAGAAUAUGUAUGUAGCAGAGGCGGCCCAGGCCCCCCCUUUUUUCUUGGACCAAACUGCGGCCGAAAGGGCCGAAAAAUUUUGGGAGGGAGACCCCCCCCCCCCCUUAUCUAAGGGUCUGGAUGACCCCCCCCCCCCCCCGCCCUUUAUCUUAAGGUCUGAAUCCAGCUCUGUGUAGACAUUGGGUGGGAUAGAUUCUAAUAUUCUGGACACUAACAGCAAUGCUGUAAUCAUGCAUGUGACUCAUAGGAAGCAAGCUUAAAAAACCGCCGCCUGGUUAGCUCAGUUGCGAGAGCGCCGGUCUACUGAGCGGGAGGUCGCGGGUUCAAACCCCGGCCGGACCAACACUCAGGGUCUUUAAAUAACUGAGGAGAAAGUGCUGCCUUUGUAAUAAUAUCUGCAAACGGCUAGACUUUCUAGUCUUCUCGGAUAAGGACGAUAAACCGUAGGCCCCGUCUCACAAGCCCUUGCACAUGUAUUAAAAAUCUGUGGGACGUUAAAGAACCCACACACUCUUCGUAAAGAGUAGGGCACGUAGUGCCAGGUGUAGUGGUCUAUCUCACUUUCACACUCAUGUAUGGGGGCAUCAUUACUCAUUCCUUCAUUACUUGUAAACUGCACCUUAAGCAGUCUGGCAAAGUCCCCCAACCAGUGUUGUAAAUUAUCCCUGAAAAGCCCUGAGGGGAGUGGAUGAUAAGAUAUUUACAAUUUACUUAACAUAAAAUAGGUAACGCAGUUUUUUUUCUCCCCUUCUUACUUAUGUGUUUUAGUGAUGGAACAAAGGCUGAUGAAGAUAGACCCUACAAAGAUGAUCGAAAAUGAAAUACGUUGGCUUGUAAACUACGAAUGUACAACCAGUUUAGGUAAAGUUUUUCUUUAACAUUUUUGUCCUGUAUUUGUUAAGCCCUUCGGGUCCCAGAGUCAAUAAUGAAGGCAUACACUGUAGCUGUAGAUGCUGCUGAAACUUCGCUGGUAUCACCAAUUCGUGGUACUGUUAGUUUUUCAGUACAUAACCAACCAAAUGUGAGGUUAAGACGCCUUCUCCGAACGACCUUGUUCAAUAAAGGAUUUAUUAUAAAGCCAAAAGGGUUUUUUCCCGCGGGAUCAAGUAAGCAAUCACCGACAAGACUGCGCCAUCUUACUUGCUUAAGUAGCCAAUCAAAGCCUAGAUUUCCUUAACCUUACCGCGCAUGAUUGUCUCCGGCGAUAUACCAAAAGUCAUCGCUUUUCUUCUUUUCCACAGACAAUGAAUUUCCACUUCUGGCAGGACACUUAAAACUAAUUAAAACACUCUUUACAUGUGAAGGCGUUGACAAGAGAGGAUUAGGUAAGUGAGACAAGCUCACUUUCUUUUUCAAAAUGGUAACGGCUUUUUUCUUUUGACAGUUGAGUUGUACACACUAUAUGACGUAUAUGCGUUUGUGGUACAAAGAUCCUAAUAAUGCCAAGACUGGACUAUAAUACAUCGUACACUAGAUGGAGUGUUUCAUCCGUUGUCAAACACUUAGAAGUAAUAUGUCAAACACGAGAAGGGCGAGUGUUUCAUCUGAUAUCCAAACUCGUAGAAGUGAUAUAACAAAUACGAGAAGGAGUGUUUCAUCUGAUAUCCAAACACUAAGAAGUAAUAUAUCAAACAACAAUCAAUCAAUCAAUCAAUCAACAAUCGACAAUCAAUCUGACAUCCAAACACUGAGAAGUGCAAUGGCAAAAAUCGGGUCCAAUCGAAUUUUUUAACACCAACUUUUUAUUGCUCUUUUUACAAACAUGCGAAUACUAAGUUAAAAAGGCAACUGACAAUUGCGUUUUUGGCUGCUGUCAAUCAUCUUAACGGACCUCUUAGGAAACAAAACUUAACAUCAACGGGUUGAAAAGGUCAGUGUGUGUACUGACCUGGAUUGAACUGUUUAUAUCAAUGGUGAUAUGUCUUCCCCUAGCGGCCCCGCCAGGAAAGACAUGUCGGCUACUUUCUGUUAUCCCCCUGCUACUUAAAAUCUUUUUGACAACCCUGGUUUAAUAUGGCCUGAAGAAGAUACGUCUUGAAUAUAUUCAAAGUUAAAGGUGGCAAAAUUUUAGGGUUAUUAAAGAUCUGCUUUCCAAAUGUUCUUCAUGGUUGUAUUUUUCUUUGUUUUCUCUUUAUAAAGUACUUAUAAGUUUGAGAAGUAUUGUUAAUCCUCUUGUCUAUCCCUUGUAUUUUCAGGAGAGAAGCUUAUAAAGGAUAUCUUAGAUGAUUUUCUCUUUCCGGCUUCUAAACUCAUCUUUGAUACCAGAGGCACCCCAAAUAAGGAAACCGUCAUAGAUGUACAACCAAAGUAAGUUCAAAUGAAUUCAGUUUUUACGGUUCAUAUGUUCAGUUCAAAGGCUAAAGCAACACUAAGAAAUACGAGGGAUACGAUAAAAAUGAUCUCCAGAAAAUUUGCUGCACAUGACAACUCAACAUUUGAUCCUGUAUUGACUGAGCCAAUCCUUUCCCAUCAAAUUGCAGUUGUAAUUCUUGUAUAGCCUGGGAAAAAAACCGACAUUUUUGAAACGCCAUCACUAGUUUCCGCGCGACUGCGUCAUUUCGACAGGAAAAUCUUGGCGUAGAAAAAUGUCAGCUGUUUUCUGAUAUCUAGCGCUUUAUCUGUUGCAGAUGUGUUGCAAGAGAGUGUCAAGUCGCUGCUCAUGAUCUGUUGGUGGAGCUGGCCGAUGGCUGCGCUGAGAAUCUUGUUUAUAUUGUCUCACAGUUGAUUAGCAUGCAUCACAUUGGGGAUCCUGCUAUCCUAAAGGAAUGGGAGGUACGCUGUCUUGUUAACCCUUGAAGUCUCAAUAGUGACCAACAUCAAUUUUCUCAUAACAAUAGACAUAGAUUGUCAAGAGAUUGGGUUAUGAGAAUUAAUAAAAUGAUCACCUAAGAGAAAAUGCUUUGAUCUUUUAUCAAAUUCUCUCAACUCAUUCUUGAAGGAAAUGUAUAGAGAUCAGUUCGGAGAAUUUGUAUGUGGAUAUUGGGGCUUAGAGAGUUAAACAACUAGAGUCCAUAAAUUUUGCAGUGCAGCAAAUAUUGCUAUUUUACUUUGUGUAUUAAUACUGGAUUGUUAUAUUUUUCAGUUUCAGCCACCAGUAGCCCCGAGAGCUCACUGUGGAUUUGUGGGUCUUAAAAAUGCCGGAGCGACAUGUUACAUGAACUCCGUACUGCAGCAGUUAUACAUGCAACCAGCUCUGAGAGAGGUAUGGACAAUUAUUUUCGCUUUUACAAAAUGGAAAGUCGUUCUUAAUACUUAGCAUUAAUAGUGUUGCUGCUGCUGCCACUGCUGCUGUUGUAGCCUGUUUCAGGCGUUCAGAUAGAGCAUAGGCGAAAAAUUAACAAGGAAAAAAAACUAAGGCCUGCGUACGUUUAAACUCGCUCUUCACCAUCUGAAAACCACGUCCUACUAUCUGAACGCCUGUGGUGGUGGUAGUGAUUACCACGGUGAGUUGUCCAGUUGAAAGAGAGCCACUUAAAGUUUUUUAAACAAUAUUUAAUUAUGUCAUAUUCUUGUUCUUGUCUUGUACUUGAUGUGCUUUCCCAAAGAAAAGAAUUAAGGAUGUUUGUUUUCUUUUAUUUUAGGCUCUUUUGUCAUAUGAUGAUACGCAUCCUGAUAAAGAAAGGUAUUUAGUGCGACUUUUAGUCCAAGUGGUAAACAAGCGGGCUUACAAAAUGAAAAGUCCUAUAUGUAUUUUCACCAUGCCAUCCUGCAUUGCUUCCGCUGAAUGAUCUUUCCCUCCUUUUCAAUUGUCCAUCAAUAUCGUCGUCCACAUAUUUACAUACAUUGCAACUCUUUAAGACUUUUCUCAAGCCACCAUGGCGUUUAACUUGCCGUAGUAGGCAGUCCAGCUAUUUUUUGUUAUCAAACUUUACACAGAACUGUCCGCUCAAGCUUCAAAACACAGGUUUCGUCUAACAGGGUUUCUUGCAUGUUCUUUCGGGAAAGAUUAGCUACCCAGCCUUACCUAAAGAGGCUACCAAGUUUUAUUCGUCAUCUACUCAAAUACUUUCCACUUGAUGUCACCAUUCAUUUGUUCUGAACACGAUUCGGAUGAAUUUAGAUUUCUGGGAAACUGCCCACCUACCCCUCCCCUAGGCUAAUAUUAACACUUACUUCUCACUUUGGGCAAAAUGAUGGCUUAAGGGAGGGGUUGGUGGGCAGUUUUCCGGGAACCUAAAUUGAUCUUACGAUUCUUGUCUUUCCAUUUUCCCCGCAGUGUAUUUUUCCAAGUCCAGUCAGUAUUCGGUCACUUGAUGGACAGCAAGUUACAGUAUUUUGCUCCUGAGCAGUUUUGGAAGUGUUUCAAACUCUGGGGUCAACCAGUUAAUGUUCGAGAACAACAGGUUAGUCCAUUAAAUUCAAUUAAACUAGUAAUAACCAAAGUUUACGGAAUGCGGGCGACAACGAUCCAAGGUCAAGCGCUUUUGCUCCAACGCAGUGAGUGCUUUGCGUAGCCGGGUGUCUCGUGACAGAUGUUCAAAACACACGUGAUCAGAUUACGAUGGGUAGAACGUCGAAACGCUCGUCACCAAACUGCGUUCUGUGCAUUCCAUUCAUUCUUAGUGGAAGUCCAAACAAAUGCUGGCUACAUACAUGCGACGCAUGCGUAAUAACAACCUGGAGACUAGGAUUGCGGGCUCCUCAUGUCGCCCGCAAUCAAAUUAAAUACUUAAUUAUCCUCUCCCCUUAUGGUCUUUUUAGGGAAAAUGAAACAACAAGGUUAAGAACUUCAAGUGGUUAUAAGAGGCUAACCAGUUGGAUGUUUCACAGAUUCAGGAGAGGAUUUGAACUUGGGACUGCUAGGAACAAAUCCAGCUAGCGGUCGGGGUGGGAUUGAAAUAAAUGGUCUCCAAAUUAGAAGUCCAGCGCUGUAACCACUCGCCCACGUUUCCUCCAUUAAUGUUAGUUACAGGAGUGUGUGCGGAAAGUGAAUGUUAAGUUAUAGUUAUUCAGGUACAAAGUGUAGGUCUCUUAGUGGUGACAUUAAUGGCGUUUAAAUCUGGCCUUAUGUUUCAGGACGCUUUUGAAUUCUUCAGUAACCUCACUGAUCAACUCGACGAGAUUCUUAAGGUCAGCUGUGUUUUUUGGGUGCUUUUUAAGAAAUAUUAAAACGUUAAAUCAUGAAUAACCUUAGGCAAUGUAAGAUAGUCCACGUACAAACCAGAAAAUUUAGAAAAUAUUCAUGGUACUCCUGUCAAGAGAAGGACAAGUUUUUGUCUGCAAACUUUGGUUAAAAUCUCUAGAUGUACUUACAGUUAGUGUAAUUUUCGGUGUCUUCUGGCUAUUGAAGCUUGCUCCAUUUAAGUCAGAAGAGUAGCUUACUCAUCUUCUUUAUCCACAGAAAUUAGGGCAAGAGCAGUUAUUUAAAAAGACGUUAUGUGGCAUGUUUGCCGAUCAGAAGAUUUGUAAAGAUUGUAACCACAGGUAAGAAAAACUACCCAUUCACCCACCCCUCCCCUGACCCAACAUCGUUACAAUUAGGAAGAUACUGUUAACAUCGGUCAGGGGAGGGGCAUGUUGGUAGUUUCGUAGCAUCAGGGAUCAGUAUAAGAUUCAGGAAACUGCGCACUUACCCCUCCCGUAACCCAAAAUUUUGUUCCGAGCAGGAAGUCAGGGUUGAUGUUAUGUUAGAGUAGGUGUGCGUGACCAGUUUCCCAAAAUCAAGGAUCAUUACCUACCCCUCCCAGAAUGCCUUAAAUUCUCUCGCCCUUGGCAAUGUUCACACCUGUUCGUAUACAAAGUUAUAUGUUUAAGGCAUGCGUUUACACGUGAAAGAGGGGCGUAAACUGAUAUUUAGUCUCCAUUGCUGAGAGGUUGCCUAGGGUAUGUGCCUUUCUCGUGUGAACAGUAUAAAUCUCUGUUUUUGCAUUUUCAAGAGGGAUUUUAUGAACUGCUGUCGGCUCACGGGUAUGUAGGUUGAGAGAGCUUUGUAGUUACCAAUUGAGCUGUGCAUUGUGCAGCGCUAAUGUUUAUGGCAGGUUUGCUCCCUUCCCUGACAACUCUUCUCCCUCACCCACCCCUCCCCGUUAGUCUCAAUAAAUUUGUUCCGUCCAUGUGACAGCUUAUCGUCCGCCACUUGUCUUAAGCUAAGGUUCAUGCUGGGACGAUGUACAUAGAAACGCUUUCUCUUCGUAGGUAUGAGAGAGAAGAAGCCUUCCAUUCACUUCAAGUAACUGUCAAAAACUGUAGAUUAGAGGACUCGCUGGAACAGUUUGUUAAUGGUGAGAUUCUUGAAGGAGACAAUGCUUAUUUCUGCGAAAAAUGCAGUGAGAGGGUAAGUGAUUGUUCAUUGGAUUGUUGAAAUACUGUUACAGGGUUCAAAGCACUGUAAUCCUCUUAAGAAACAUCCAAUUCUUGGCCAAUUCUUAAAAACCCCUUUCAGGGCUUGGAAUACUCCAAGCCUGAGAAAACAGCCGACAUUUUGCGACGCCACCACUGUUUUCCCCGCAAAAUGACGUCUGAGGAACAAGUUGCAGCUUCUGAUUGGUUGAAGCCAAUUUCCCUUGCAGCACGACCAGUCGGAAGCACUAGCCAGCUCUGGGUAGUAACAUGUCAUCAGUAUGAAUUUCUGCGCUCCUUCCUCAGACGUAAUUUCGAGGGGAAACCAAUGGUGGCUUCUUGUUUCUCAGGUUGUAAAACUGUUCAGGGUUGUCCCUAUAGGAUUUCAAGUUGCUGGGUAAAUACAACAAUUAGGCGGGGAAUCAAACGGCUAGGGAUUUCUUUUGGUUCUAUUUUUGUUCUAUUUUCCAAUAAAAGUAGCCGGGGGGCACUCUCUUAAUAGCCGGGGAAAAUCCCCGGCCCCCGGCUCUUAAUGACAACCCUGAAAACUCCUUGGAAAAUCUCCUUUUCUACCUACUCCUGAAAACUCCCGGAGUUUCAUUGUUGUGGCGGAUAAGUGAAAAGUUAGAAUACACGCCGCUAAGUAAGAUGGUCUAGUUUUGGGUGCUUCAUUUUAGAAAACCCCUGGAAUAUCAUUCUCCGUCAGAAGAGCAAACCCUGCUUUUACUGUAUCGUAACUGAACUGUGGCCAAAAUAAAACUCCUUAUCGCAGGUCUAUUCAAUUACUGUUUUCAAGCUAGUGAGCAGUGCAUUUUAUUGUUGCCCUUUAUAACGACGCACAGUUAUUUGAUCUUAUGAAGCUGGAUAAAAUCCUAAGGAACCUUAAAUCUUACUUUUCAGCGGACUACAGUGAAGCGCAUGUGCAUUAAGGCCCUACCUCCCGUGCUUGUGAUUCAGCUCAAGAGGUUUGGGUACGACUGGGAGGCUGGUAGAGCUCUCAAGUUUGAUGAUCACUUCGAGGUAAUAUAUUCUUUUCUUUUAGUAAUUGCCUCGGUUUUGUAUAAUGCGCGCUGUGAUUGGUCAAACCUUAAGCACUCGCAAACAUACGUCCAUGGCCUCUCUUGCCAUUGUUUAAAAUUUCUUCGAAAAACAGUGAACUAAAAACCACCCACAAUACCUUUCGGGAUUGUCGCGGGCACUUUUUUCGACAACCUUUCUCGAAAUAGCUGUAUACCUUGUGUGUACACUGUUGUCAUAGUCUAGUUGCGUCAUACGAAGACAUACGACACAGCUCACAAAUUCCCGGUCUGUGGUCGAAAUCCUAUAGUGUGACCCUUCAUGUGUCACCUGCUUGGGGUUUGUUUCACACGAAGGUGUUUGUUUAUCGUUUUCUAGACAAAGUGCGCCUUUCGGGAAUUCUCAUUUUAUUACAGUCAUUUCUGACAUGUUUAACGAUACUGAAUACAUUUGUAACACUUGAUAGACCAUCGCUGUAAUGUUCGCCACUGGAGCGGUUAAGAUAAGAAAUCCUGAAAAAAUUAACGCUUGAAUAUAUUUUUUUAUUUACAGUUUCCUUGGGUCCUAAACAUGGAGCCAUACACAACGGAGGGCGUGGCCAGAAGAGAUUAUAACAACAGCAAUCCUCAGGCGGCAGACACUGACAGUGAGAGUGGCAGCGUCACCGACCUGCAUAUGUCAGCGUCGAAUUCCUCUCUGCAGUCUAAUGUCUCAAAUGUAUCCAUCAGUACACCUGAGAUCCAGUAUGAGCUUGUUGGAGUCAUCGUACACAGUGGCCAAGCAAAUGCUGGACAUUAUUACUCGUUCAUCAAGGACAGGUGUGCUCAGAUUUAGAAUCUCGAAAACGCAGUUUUUUCCUGGAAUUUUCAAAUAUUCUUCCUGGCCCUGGAACAUUUCUUAAAAGUUUUUUUUUUUCCUGGCGUGAGGUUGGAGCAGGGGAAUGGAGACAGCUGAUUUUUUUUAUUAGGAAAUGGAAAUGUAACUCUUGAUUAGCAGUAAAAUCAUGGAGUCCUAGGUCCUCAUUUUUGACAUUUUCAGUCUGACAAACUCCGCCCUUUUUUUCUCUCUAAGCUGUACGAACCAUAUUCCAUUUAUUCCACGAUAAUUUUUGCCACUUUUUUUACAAGAAGACGUGUCCUAAAAAACUUGUUGUGAACCCGAGAAAAAAAUUCAAGGAAAACUUGCUCACUUUCAGUCAACCUCAAAUUCAUGUGUUGAUUUGCAGUAGAUCAACCAUCAAUUUUUUUAUACACACAGGGUAGGGGUGAAUGGCUGCGAUACAAAGGAAAGGUGGUACAAGUUUAAUGAUAUUAUUGUUGAAGAGUUCGAUAUGAAUGAAGAUACACUGGAGGCAGAAUGUUUUGGUGGCACGUACAAAGCCAAUGUUUAUGAUACAGGUAUGCCUGUUGAAAUGUGACUAUUCUUUGAUUCGCUGAAUAGCUGACUGCCUCGCCGACUGAUUUACUCACUGACUGUCUGCUUGACUUUCUGGCUGACUGGCUGUCUAGCUGGCUGGCUGACUAACGGAUUCACUGACUAACUGCCUGACGGCCUGGCUAACUGACUGAUUUACUGACUGACUGCUUGCUUGACUGUCUGGCUGACUGGCUCGCUGACUAACGGACUGACUGACUGACUGACCGAGUGGCUGACAGCCUGAUUGACGGACUAACUGCCUGACUGCCUGACUGACUUGCUGGCUGGCUGACUAACGGACUGAUUGACUGGCUGGCUGGCUGGCUGACGGACUGACUGACUGAUAGACUUUCUCAAAGCCCGUUUCCGGUAUCAGCUGCUUAGAUGGUCAGUCAUAAAACGAUUUACUUUUGGCGCUCACUCACGCAGUCGACGUGUGGCAAGGCUAACUGACUGACUCACUUGCUGGAUGGCUGACUAACGGACUAACUGACUGAAUGAAUGAAUGAUUGAUUGAAUGACUAGCUGUCUGGCUAGCUGACUGACUCGCGUACUGGCAUGCGAAAGGAAGAGCAGUCUAAUUAGCGAUUAACUGUCUUGCAACCUGAAAAACUGAUUCUUAAAAGCAUGUUCGAAUGAUCCUAAUGCACUUGUUGUCAUCGGCUAUCUUGAGAGUGGUUCCCUGUCUUGCCUUGAAGGUUUCUAAAAAUUGUUUUCUCUUUUUAGUCAACAGUUACCCCGAAACUCGUCAUCGCUAUUGGAAUGGUUACAUGUUGUUCUAUGAAUCAGCUGACAAACUCAGGGCCAUGAAUGGCUCCGGCAAUGACGGUCGACUCCUAGUACGACAAGAGGCAGUUAUGGAGGGACAGAGGUUUGAAUCAAAGAACGUUCUCUAAAAGUCAACCCCCCCGCCUCCUGAAAGAUUUGAAAAAAAAUUCUACCUAAAACUUAACUCCAUUGCAACUUUCAUUCCUUGGGAAGCAUACACAGAGGAUUUUUCAUGCGAUUUCGUUACUCAAAAUUCGAGUAGGUUCAAACUAAAAGCAAUGUCGCGGAGAUACAUCACCGCUAGUUACACGCGCGAUUUCAAUUAAAAUCGCAGCAAUAGACGCCUUAAUAACUUCACCUUGCGUGACGUAAAGAAUAUCAUCUUACCCUCGGGUGGUUUUGUAAGACAAACAUUCGACCAGCACAAUAAGAAGUUAAGUAAUUUUACUAAAUAGAUACUAUAAUUACUGGUGUAUUCUUUUCAGGUCUUGCCCACCGUCUCCGUCAUCAUCUUCAAUUUCCUCGAGCUCAGGCCCCCCGUCUCCCACUCGGAUAGACGGCCUGUCCCAGCUGACAGCUUUGGUACAGAAAGGAGAACGCAAGGGCAUAUUUAAGGAUAAAAUGCCAGCUGCUAUCCAGAGAGUGGUCAGUUAAUGUAUAGUCACCAUUUUGAUUAAAACAAGUCUGAUAAUAUAUUAUAACAAAAUUAAAAACCUCGACCAUUUGGGUAGUAUAAGCCUGCCCGAGGAUUUGAACUCAGGCGAUGAAACACUUUUUCACGUGUUUGGCAGAUCACUUCUGGGUGUUUGGACAUCAAAUGACGCACACCUUCUCGUGUUUAAUAUAUCAGUUUGUCGGUGUUCAUCGGUGGACAUCGAAUGGAACACUUCUCCUCGUGUCUGAUAUAUUAUUUUUCAUCCCGCGCUUUACGGCGGCUACAUGUAUUUGUUUUGAGUUCUUAUUGGCUCAUGGGUAGGACUGACGCCAUUAGUUAGGUGAUAAAAAACUCUGAAUGAUUGGCUGUGGGGACGGUUGGGAUUUAAGGUUUUAUGAAUUUCUUAUCUCCGUUGCUGUCUCCAUAUUUCCCUCAACAGGUUCACACUGAAAAUCUUCAAUUCAUGCAGAAUAGGGACGUUUAUAAUGUGGAUUAUUUCAGAUUUGUCCUCAGUCUUGCAUCUUGCAAUGCGGUGAGUUACACAUAAAUAAAUUAAACAUCUUGAACAAACUGUUUAUUGCUGUAGAAAGCCUAGCCUUUGGACUUGGGACUUAUCCUCACAAGCCUUUGCUUAUUUUGCUCCUCUGUUGCAGAGAAACACUUCAUCCGAUAAGCAAACCAUAUUAUCAGUAUGUAGCCUACAGCUGGCGGUAAACUUCCUGUUCCACACUUAUUUUAGGACCACAAAAAAACUCAGGUCAGUAAAUAAAAAAAAGGAAGUAAUCUUUAUUGAUCAUUUAGUGGCUCGCCACUGACGUGGACAAAUAGCUCCAGGUAAACCAUUAACACAACAAGAACCAAAUUUGGUUGAGGAGUUGAACGCGGGGUUACCGAGAAACAGAUCCAGCUAACGUGUCAGCGGGGAAUUAAUCCCGAGUUCUCGGAAUUGUAAGACUGCCUCUCUGACCUGUCGACCAAGUCGCCUUCUACUGUAAACUGCCGCUGCACUAAAGCUCUUCCCUACGCUGCAAAUGUAGAAAUGGGACGCUACCUUCGGUGACUUCUUCCGGUAACCUCAAACUAACUGUUCUCUGUGCAGUCAGAUUGAAAUAGGUGGGGACUCGCUUGUGGCUGAACUGUAUACUGCCAAACUUCUAUUAAGCGGGCAUUUAGAGGUUUGACUGCAGUCAAAAUCUGCCCCAUUUCUCCGUUUUACCGUAGAUAUAUUGGUAACACUGUGUAGUGUAGCUGUUGUAAAAGACAGUAACAAUUGUUGUGCUUUUCUACAGAACGCACACAGAGGAUUGGUGUAACUGUAUUAGUAUAAUAGUGAAGCACAAUAGUGAAGCGUGUGGAUGGUUUAUGCAGUUUCUCGCCGGUGAUAGAGGCAGGGGAUACAUCAGGUAAGCGGACAACUACAGUGAGCAGACGUCUCGCCAUUAUGAUCCAAUGUUCGGUAGAUAAUUAAGAUAGUGUAACUUGUACGAGUCGUAUUGCAAAUUUUUCCAUUUGCGUGGUCAGUUAAGCUGGUAAAUGCGAUAAAAUUCUUGUGAAAUAAAAUAGCAAGAAGGCUCUGGGACGAGUUAGCUUUCGCAAAGAAUUUUGGGAUCCUAACAGGGGACGCGCAGGUCAGCUAUUGGUCAAUCUGUUUGCCUUGUCCCAAGUAACAAUCCCAGAAGACUUUGCGAAAGUGAACUCGGCUCAGUUUUUUUUUUUUCUCUUUUUUAAGUGGCAAAUGUUAUCAGUUCUCAUGACGUAUACUAUUAGCAGUCUAAAGGUAUGGGAUCAAAAAGUUCACUGCGUAAUGUAUCAGUGAUUGCUCUUCUUUCUUCUUUCAGACCUUUUCUUUUAGAAUGUCCCGCGCAAGAAGUGCGCUUUGCAUUUGCCAAGAUUCUCGGUGUUACGUUUGAAAGCUUCAUAAUGCACGGAGGAAGUGCGGUAAAAUAUGCAUAAUUUAUAAUUAUUGCUCUUAAAGUACAGUUUUUAUUGGUCCUCUUGACCUACCAAACUUCAAAAACUGCGCCUCACAAACACCUCACCCACAGAUUACCCAAAGCAUUAGCGUGCGCACUCAUGCUUCCCAAACAAUGAAGUGGCACAGGAUACCCAAAGCAUUGACGUAAGCACAGAGAACCCAAAGCAGUCAUGCUAACACGGGAUGAGCAGUGUCGCUUAUUCUUAAGAUUGACAAGAUUGAUUACUUGCACCCAUCACAACGUUGUUGACUUGUGAACGCCCACGCAAUGUUUUUUGUCUCCAGUAGAGGGCUUUUCCUCUGUAAGUUUGCCCUAAUGUAGACAGUAUUUUUAGCGGGCUCCCGCUGGAAGUAUUUUAUUUCCGCUCGCUUAAAUUGUAGGAAUCUGGACAGCUCAACAUGCUGAUAGAGACCUUACUGCAAAUGUGUGAUCGAGACGUAGUUGAUAACCACAAAAGCUGCUCAGAAUACUUUUGGUUAAUGAACAGAUACGCUACAAUGGUGAGUACAAUUUACAGUCAAUUCUUUCUUAACGGACACCUGUGUAAGACAGACACCUCUCUAAAACGGACACCUCUAUAAGACGGACACCUCUCUAAAAUGGACACCUCUAUAAGACAGACACCUCUCUAAAACGGACACCUAGAGUUGGUGCCUGCCUUUCUUAAGUCCUUUUAGUUGACUCUCUAGAAGACAGACAUCUCUCUAAGAUGGUCACAUAGUACCAGUCCCAAAGGCGUUCGUCGUAGAGAGAGCUAACUGUAUUUUUGUCUGCCUAUUUCAAUUUCUUGUGCUCUCUUUUAAUUUCUCAUAUGUCACCUUCUGAAAAAGAUAACACCUCCACGUUAACUUACACAGGCCGCCCAGCCUUAUUCCCUGUUGAGUGAACAGUCCCUUCUUUGUUCUGUGUUUGUCGGCCUCUGUUAGCUUAGAGUUUGUUUUUUUUCCCCUAGAGUACAUUUUAUGAAAGCUCCCAGAGGCAUUCCAGGCCCAAAAUGUCAGUGAAAUCGCGGUUUAACUCUUCGCCUGCAGACUAAACCAACUUAUGAUACCAAAAAUACCCAUCAGACUUUUGAUUCAUAAAUACAUGACGCUCAUUAAGCUUCCUGAUGUUAUUUCACGCGUUUUGCAAAAACGUACUUCAUCCUAGCUGCAAGGUCUUUCAGAAAUAAUCACUCUUGUGGUGCAUAUCGAAGAUGAAGAACAUCUCAACAGAAGCCUCAAUGCUAAUACAUUUAUUGGCUUAUUUUCAGAAUCGGAAAACUUGUAAACAUCUUAUUGCGCAAGGAGCUUUUACCAAGUUCUUGCUCUUCUUAGUCGGACCAAAUGCUGAAAACGUAAGUUAACUUAGUCAUCGGCAUAGUCUUAGUAGUAUAGUAGGAAAUGAUUAGGCCUUCCUUUCCACGGGAACUUUAUUGGUGUACAGAGUGGUACAUUUAAUUACAUGACCACAUACUCUACUCAUUUUGCCCUAAGUGAGAAGUAAGGGUCAGUGUUAGCUUAGGGGAGGGGUAGGUGGGCAGUUUCCCAGAAACUUAAAUUGGUCCGUUGCUAUUUUUCUCCAGGGAUCCAACCGUAGGUGGAGCUCUAUCCAAGCACAGGAAUUUUCUCAUCUAUACAGCGUACUUGCGUUCCUUGUGAGGUCAUGUGACGUGUCCACGCAGAUUACCGUCGGUAUGAAAAAUACAAGUAUUAUAGCUCACUACUAAGGUUAUAGUUACUCUACCAUACACCUUUAAUGUGGUCGUAUCUCCACACAGAUUGCAGUUGACAAUAGAACAGCACUAGUUAUAACAUACUGCACCGCCGUACUGUGAUACCAUAGGCAAACUAUAGGCUAUAAGCAUUCUUGAGUGUGUACCGCUACGGAAGUUUGGGCUUUUGGCUCGUGAAAUGGCCCACGUUCGAUAUAUUCAAUUCUAACAUGGCUCUCAGAAAGCCUCGGAGUCGUGUCAUGUUAGUCAUGUUAGAAUUUUAAUAUAUGAAAGUAGGCUGUUAUAAUAGUUUACUACUCCACCUACUGUUAGACAGUGCUUCCAGAAGCAACCCUUUACAUUACUAUACCACAUUGUAUUCCUUCAUAUUUCAACACAGAUUACGUCUUUUGUAUCUAGCGCAAUAAUAUUUCUGUUGCUGCAAUUAAUUGAGUAUAAUUUCUGGUUCAGAACCCAGGUCUUUGCGGCCCACGUUCCCGGAUAUGGCCCGUACAGACCCACUCAUCCCCAUUCCCCCUCAAAUGGAAGACGCUAUAUUUGGUGUAAACAAUGAUACUUACAUCAGAGAGGUAAGGCUUACGUACACGAUUGUACAUGUUCCAUUUACCCGUAUUUUGCUAUUGAAUUUUGAUUAAGUAGGAAACAUCCAUGCAAUUGGUGGUAAUUACACCCGGAAACGACACAACGAUCACUUCGAACUCUUGCGUUGUCGUUUUUUGAUAUUACAAUUUCUUCAUAAUUUGUUGCCUGCAAUAAACAUACUCGACCACGAUUGCCCGCGUUGGACGUUUUCACCAGCUGUUUGCCCCCUCUUCCCCACCGGCAAAUCAUUUGUCAUUGUUUUGACCUCAGACAUCUUACUAUUAAGAUGGCGGAUACCGUGAAUUUGUUCGAAAGGUAACCCUCUCUUAAAAACACCUCUAUAACAGACAGCUGCCUAAAAUGGUCACCUAGUCACUGCCUGCCUUUCAUCGGUCAUUUUCAUUGACUGUCUUAGGCAGACACCUCUGUAACAUGAACACCUGGAAUGAGUCCCUGCCUAUCUUUACUCCUUUUUUUGUUGACUCGCUAUAAGACGGACACAUAUUGCCGAUCCAAGAGGUGUCCAUCUUGCAGAGAGUUGUGAGUAUUGCUUCUAAUUGCCUCCUUUCCGCAGAUGUCCACAGCCAUUUGUGAUGUGAUGGGUACAUCUCAGCAGAUCGCCAACAUGUUUAUUCAUUGCAGCUGGUGCAAUGAACACUUCAGUGUUAAAGUCUUACAGCAUAUCAGGGUAGGUAUUAUCCGUGCUCAUUUGUACGAAUAGCUAACACAUACACACUGGAAAAAAAAAAAGAAAGAGGGACCCAACUUUUUAAGCCCCAGUAUCCUCGUACAAAUUCUCUACAUUGAUCUCCAUACAUUUCCUUAAAGAAUAAUAAGUUAAACAAAUUUGUGUAAAUUCUCAUUACCUCUUCUUUUGAAUUUGCAUCGAUAUUGUUAGGAGAAAAUGGAUGUUGUUUACUCUUACGACUUAUACUGACAGCUCUAUUCAAAGGCCUUUCGUACCUCGCUUUCAGCUUUGCAGACUUCAUUGCCAUUAAGCUAGAUUGUUUGUGAGAUUCUGAAGCUGAUCUAAGAAACAACUAGUUUUGAAAACCUCUCUCACACUCAAGGAAACAUUCACAAACCAAUAAUGAAGAAACUGAGGACGGGUCACACCUUUCUAUAGAGUAUCUCACUUAAGGAGUAAGUUGAGAAUGGUCUCGGAGGCUUUAGACUCGCUCACAUGUCAGGCUGUGAAGCUGUUCCGUGGAGCGCGAAAACGGUGUGUGAAGCGCCAAACUCCAGCGUUACGAGAAUGAGAAGCGAGAUCUGGUCGUUCGUGAUAGACGGGAUUCCUACAAACGCGAAAGACUUUGAAGAAUGUACCUCUUACCUGACCCACCCCUCCCCUACCCCAAGAAAUGCUGCUUCCAAUUGAACACACAGUUUACAUGACAGCUGUCCUUCCUUUUUUGUGUUAAUUUUCCAGGUUCUUCUGGCUACCGUCUCCGCUAAUGAUAUGAAAUACCUGUUUGGAGCUCUUCUUGAUAUACUGGUAAUAUGACUCUUGUACCCUAGUCUGUUAAUAGUAAUCUUUACGACUCCCCACUGUUUCUCAUGUUUUGUGUCAGAUUUUUGUCGACUUUUUUCUUCAUUCCUUACUUCAAAAACCAUGGAAGGUCUAUUCUUAACAACCUUAUAAAGAAAUUGAACAUUGAUUGAAAAAAUAAAGCUAUUUGUCAUAAGAUUUUUUGGUAAAUACAACAAAAAUCAAAAAGGAUUUCUUUUGGUUCUAUUUUCCUUCUAUUUUCCAAUAAAAGUAGCCGGGGGCCACUCUCUUAGUAGCCGGGGAAAAUCCCCGGCCCCCGGCUCUUAAUGACAACCCUGAGCUAUGUUAAUUAAGUCUGCAAAGUCUUCUUAAAGUCUUGUUUACUUUCAGAUUUUCUUUCAGUUUUGUGGAGGCUCGCUCUUUCACUGAGAACAUUAUUUUUCUUUUUCAGAUGGUGGAAGAUCCAUUACAAUUGUUGCGAAUAAAAUGCGUAGCUGAUGAACAGGGUGACGGAGUUUUAGGUAAUUUUAUUAACAGGUCUGGUUAAGUUGCGGUAAGAGCUGUGAAAGUUUGGAAAUCUUUUACUGAGGUUGCGUCGGAGACUAUGGAGACUGGGGUGGUGGACGAUACUACUUCACCUUCCCGUGGUUGCGCAGGCCUGGGUUAUAAUUACUCGAUAACACAGACCGACAGUUCAAGUUGACACAACACCGACCCAGUCCUCCGCGCAACCUCACAGUGGUGAAUUACCACUGACUUUUUUAAUUUGGGAACCUUAUUAAACAGAAGAGAGAGUAUUUCACAGGCUUUCACUACACCUUGAAGUCGGGGUAGGAAACUCGGCUGCGCCUCUUUUUCAGCCCUCAUCUCGGUGUUUCGAUAUCAGAUGAAACACACUUCCUUGUGUUUGAUAUAUUUAUAUCAGACCGUUUGUGUAACCUGUGUGACGUUCAUGAUGGUAUGCAAGUCAUACUCGUCCAUAGGAGGGGAGGGGAGGGGGCACUGUAUACAGGCUAACUCGUGCAAUACACGUAGCGGUACCAGCAUCAUGUAAGCACCUUCGUACUGUUCAUUCCCAGCUUACAGUCGCUUCCUGUUUUUAUUUGUAGCCGUUAUCAAGUCAAGCAACACAGCUGACAGCAGACGCGCCUAUCAGUGUAUCAAAUUUCUAGUUCAACUCGCUAACAAAUGCCCGCAAGCUAAGGAUUAUUUGCUUCAAAACACGUCUCGUUGGCAAUGGGCCGUGCAAUGGCUCAAGAGAAAAAUGAACGAGCAUUACUGGGCACCACAUACGUCAUCAUCCAACGAAUACUCGUCCAGCCGAACAUUUCAACGAACCUCAAGCGCUGCCGACACCCUUGCCGAGGCUACAGCUUUGCUUACCGAACUCGAGGCGAAGGAUGGCGAAGUUAACACGAGUGAUGAGGUGGACGACUCGGAUAACAAGUUAGAAGGCGAAGAUUGGGAAAAGGAGGGAAUGACUUAAACUUCAAAGGAAAAGAUUAAAUGAUGAGACACCGCGAUUCCCAUACGAGAAGAAAAACCUUUGAAAUUUUUUAACAACAUUUCAAAAUGGAUACUGCUCAGUGAAGACGUUCUUGGUUGAGGUUUUAUCGACUCGCUUUAUCAAGUGGCCAAGUUUGCACAUGUAAACAACCUUCGUGUUUUAAAUUAAACCAGAAGAAAGUACUGUUCUGUGCAUAGACCAAACAAGAGACACUUGUCGACUUAGAAUCACCGAACAAACUGACAGGAAAGUGUUCUUCAACGGCUUUCAUUUGAAAGUUCUCUCUGGGACCUCAUUCUUAAACUCAAACGUACACUGUCAACCACAUUUCGUCAACAGUUCACAUAUUAACGCUUUGGAAUGUGGAAGUGAAUGCUAUGUGCCAGUGAAUUUGUGCAGAUGGGAGUAGUAUUUCAAGGAAGGGUUACAUUUUGGACAUAAACAGCUUUUUCCGAUGCAAGGAAAUACGCAGUGAAAUGUUUCUUACUGUCGUGAAACUCUGUUACAAUGCAAUAUAUUUUCAUUGUACUUUCUAAUAUAGUCUGACCUCGCCGGCACUUAUGUUUUUAAUUUCAAAAUUAAGUCUUACUCUAAGUUAAUUAAGAGUCGCGUAAAGCGACUGCCGUUUUGGCGUGAAAUUCUGUUUGCAUUCUCGUCCCCAGAGCCUCUCGGCUUAAGACCACGUGACAUAAAGAAACGAUGAGCUCUGGGGACAAAAAUGCCCUGUUUGUCUUUACAGGCUCCCAGAGCAUGCGCGUUGUGCAAAGUAAUCACAGUGACUGCUAUGUUAUUGUUUCUGUCAAAUGGGGAUUUGCUCACCAGUUACGCAUGCGUAACAAAGAAUGAAUUGUGUGGGAUCAAGAAGACAGUCCCCUAAAAAUGGAGAUUUCUCUCAAAUUGAGCAUGCCCUAAAACUAGGAGUGAGUGUACUCUGUUAACACUUGAGGCUAGAGGUCCACAAAAAAUGGACUAGGAAUAUUCCAACAAUAAAUUUCGUUUUGCGAGAAUAGGAUUUGUCGGCCAAUGUCACGAAUGUCGUGACCCCGAUCACUCGUCACGCACCCUAUGGUUGCGUGACAGAGUGAGACACUGUACAGAAACACAAAGUAGUUUUUAAUGUCUGCGUCCGAGAAGGAAAUCCUGUGCCGUGACCAUUCAAAUAAAACCAGUCCAGCA